GUGAAUGUUUUUGGUGCUUGGAAGACUUCGGUCACAGUUUCUAGGAAGGUCACACAAUACCACAUUUCCGGAAUUCGAUCUGCUGUUUUCCGAAGAAAUUCUAUGUGAUGACCCAUAUGUUUCUGCUGGGGAGAUGUCUCACCUGCACUGACCAUGUUCUGCAUUCCAGACGUCUACAUUCCUAACAAAAGAUGCGUAGUCAUACACACGACACGUCUGCGCGACCUUUGCGUCUCGUUAGAAAGACAGAUUCGCAGUCUUGCUACCUGACGACCACGGUUUUAUACGGCAGUCCCAGCAAUUGGAUUACCUUUUCGGGUUCUACAUCCUCGCCUUCGAUUUCCAGCUCUCUGAGCGGAUCGCAACAAUCAAGUCCGUCGAUCACAUCAUAUGCUACGAGCACAACAGGGAAUCCCUCCGCGACAACGAGCACUGCAUUGUCGGCUCCGUUCAUUGUCACGGUGGGUGGUGUCGGCAGCAGCAAAGCGCGAAAACGCUCGAGCGAAUUCCUGACAUUUGUGAGCGGAUUGGCAUAUCUGAGCGCGAACCAGAACGAUGCGGCGGUUUUCCAGAUCACGCCGGAUGGGCAGAUGUUGAGCGGAGCGGAUUAUGUUGGAACAGAAGCGCAUACGGGCACGUCGCAUCUUAAGCAGAAUGCUGGCGUCCAACCCGAUGGCUACAACUGGAGUUUUGAGGGGGCAACGUUGACAUUUGGAAAUACGACUUUCUUCACGCUCCAGGAUGGUCAGGUUGCUGUUGUGUUUGGAAAUAGUUCGCUUCCUACGGGUGCGGUGCAGGUCACGAUGGCUACAGAGUUCGUGGAUAUCACUGGCUCCAGCUUCGUGAUCGAACAGACAUCUACGACAAGCCUGGGUUCGACGACAAGCGUACCAGCUUUAACAUCGACGAGCCUGGGACAGCACAGUCAGAGUUCGCAAGCAAGCACUGCCGGACCUUCUAUUGUGAUGAGCUCCAGCGUUUCAACGACAACUUCGCAGGGUUCAUUGUCUCCGUCGAUGACAGUCAAAACGAGCACAAUUCAGUCAUCCCAGACCAGCGCUUUGACGUCGACAUCUGCAUCGAGCGGCCUUGCGACCUCGCCCACAUCAACGACCAUCGAGUCCAGCGUCACGUCGAGUUCUACAGGAGCGACAUCCACCACCGCAGCCUCCUCGAGUCCAGCAUCUUCCAGCAGUCCAACUUCCAAUCCCCCAUCAAGGUCUCAGACCACUACGGCAGCUUCGUCUUCAACUACAUCUAAAUUGACAACCCAGCCCACGUCGAACACGCAACCAGUCUCGUCCACAGUGUCGCCAACAACGACGACGACGACGAAGACAACCACAACCACAACCACCACCACCACCACAACGACUUCGAGACUCACCACGACCAGCAUCCGUACGACCACGACAACUCGCACCUCAACCUCCACGACAUCCAGCCCUACCACCUCCACAUACCCAGCCAAGCGCGGGCUAGCCUACAGCAACGUCACAACACUGGAGUACUACCCGCCUCCCAGCCCCUACAUAUCCUGGUCCUACGACUACUUCUCCCUCCCAAACAACACCGACAACGUAGGAUCCUACCCCAACGAGUUCGGUUUCAUCCCACUCCUCUACAACGAUGCCGACAGCCUAACCAGCAUUUGGGCCGCCAACGUCAACUUCAGCAUCGCAAACUACGGAACCGACGCGAUUUUCGGCUUCAACGAGCCCGACGCCUGCUACAACAGUAAAUCAGCAUGUAUGCCCCUCAACGCCACGUUGGCGGGCUAUCAGAACUUCAUGCAACCGUUCGCAGGGCGGGUGUUGAUCGGCGCUCCUGCAGUAACCAACUCCGGCGCACCAGAUGGUUUGUUCUAUUUGAAUGAAUUCAUGGGCAACGCGUCAGAGAUGGGCCUGAGGAUCGAUUUCAUCAAUUUGCAUUGGUAUGCGAGUCCGUGUAACAUCGAGUACUUUAUCAAUUAUACCACGACUGCUUAUGAGAUGUUUGAUGGCGCUUACCCAGUUUACGUCAGUGAGUUUGGAAUGGAUCAGGCUUAUUAUGACCUGGAUACUGUGGUGGCGUUCAUGGAGAAUGCAACGGCGUGGAUGGAUGGCCAGGAGUGGAUUGUGAGGUAUGCUUGGUUUGGGAAUUAUGCGGACACCCCCGUGGGGGUGAAUGAGUAUUUGCUUAACGCUGAUGCGAGUGGGAGGGGGACUUUGGGGAAUGUGUACUAUUCAUAUAACGGGUAGACAACAUGGAGGAGGCUGAGGACAUGAUGGGAAAUGGAAACAGUAUGGAUUGCUUGUGGGUCCGGCUUGGUUACAGGUUUUGAGAGUGUGGUGCGCAACAUGAACAUUUUGAAGGGUUGCGCAAGGUAAGGCUGUGGGAUUUCAGGGGCCUGAUAGAUUCACUUGUUGGGAACGUUGCAUGACU